CAGAGGGAAUCGGAGCCAUCAAAAACCGCCACCAUGACUGUGGGCAAGAGCAGCAAGAUGCUGCAGCACAUCGACUACAGGAUGAGGUGCAUCCUGCAAGACGGCCGCAUCUUCAUUGGCACCUUCAAGGCUUUUGACAAGCAUAUGAAUUUGAUCCUGUGUGACUGUGAUGAGUUCAGGAAGAUCAAGCCGAAGAACUCGAAACAAGCAGAAAGAGAAGAAAAACGAGUCCUUGGUCUGGUGCUGCUUCGAGGGGAGAACCUGGUCUCAAUGACAGUAGAGGGACCUCCUCCCAAAGAUACUGGCAUAGCCCGAGUGCCACUGGCUGGAGCUGCUGGAGGCCCAGGUAUCGGCAGGGCUGCUGGCAGAGGAAUCCCAGCCGGUGUUCCCAUGCCACAGGCUCCUGCAGGACUUGCUGGGCCAGUCCGAGGUGUUGGUGGGCCAUCCCAACAGGUGAUGACCCCACAAGGAAGAGGCACCGUUGCUGCUGCUGCAGCUGCUGCCACAGCCAGUAUUGCGGGAGCUCCAACCCAGUACCCACCGGGCCGUGGAGGUCCUCCCCCACCUAUGGGCAGAGGGGCACCCCCUCCCGGCAUGAUGGGCCCACCUCCUGGUAUGAGGCCUCCAAUGGGUCCCCCAAUGGGGAUACCCCCUGGAAGAGGAACUCCAAUGGGCAUGCCCCCUCCAGGAAUGCGGCCCCCUCCCCCUGGGAUGAGAGGGCCCCCUCCCCCGGGAUUGCGCCCUCCAAGGCCCUAGACUCAUCUUGGCCCUCCUCAGCUCCCUGCCUGUUUCCCGUAAGGCUGUACAUAGUCCUUUUAUUUCCUUUUAGCCUGUGAAACUAGUUUGUAAUAAACUCUUAAAAAGAAUAUCUUAA